UCACCUUUGUGGUAGAAUAUUACGAUAUCAUGGAUUGCAAUGUAUUGUAUAUAAACAGAGAAAUGCCGAGGAUAUGAAACGAAGGAAAAUAAGCAGCACUUGAGAAGGCUGAUUAUUUCAAUGUGAAAGGACGUUGGAACAUUUGCUCGUUCGCGAGAGAGUGCUUUUGAUUUGAUAUCGUUUGUUGAUCCAUUCCUUUGUUUUCUUUUCGAGUACCUAUUGACUUAUUUUACGAAUAGGUACGAAUUCGCGACACACUACUGACACUACGCAAUAUUCAACAAUUGAGCAACGAGGUUUUUUAGGUUGUGGGCCGAAGUGUUUCACGUGAGCGCCAGCGGGGCCGGCACUGUGAAAUGGCAGCAGGUCUCGGAAGAUUUAGUUCCUGUAAAUAUUACUUGCAUCCAAGAUUCACCGGAAUGCGUCUUCCAUAUUACCGCGUACAAUAGCCAAGUCGACAAAAUUUUGGACGUGCGACUGGUUCAACCAGGGACGCGUAUCGGACAAGCGUCGGAAUGCUUCGUUUACUGGAAAGAUACCAUGACAAACGAUACCUGGGGACUGAACUUUACCUCUCCCAUAGAUGCUAAACAAUUCAGAGAAUGUUGCUCACCUUCGUUCAAGAUUUCAAGGAAAGCGACCUCUUCUUACUCGUUGAAGCUCGAACCACCGAACAAGCAGAAGAUCAAAACGCGAAGAAAGCCUUUGUCGACACCAGCGUCGCCGAGCAGAUCCAGAGAGCCUCAAUGUACCUGUAUGACCCCGGAACAAUUUGCCAGACUUCGAAAUCAGGAAGCCAGAUACCGAGGUUUCUACGCUACCUCCACGCUUCCGCGUACCGUGGUACGAUCCACGGAGAUGGAAAUGACGCCGGGUCGAGAGAAAAUAACGGCAGCAACGUCUAGCGCAUCUCUUUACGAUAACGUGAACAAUACGACAGCGACACCGGGAAAAACAACGAAAAUCGCUGGCGAUUCGACGAAGCAGAAGGAAAAGCAGAACGAAACCUGCCAGACGACGCCAAAGACAGCGAACGUUGGCAUCGAAACAGUUACCGUUGGUUCCCAGAUUGACAGUCCGGAGGAGAAAGGCGCUUUGGUUUCUCCGAAGAAAACUCCGAAGCAAAAUCAAGAUACGGCUACGCAGCAGAAUGGUACUGAGAUGCUGAAAUCGGAAGGCACUCAAGCCGGCGGAACUUUGCAGAACAAGUCUUUGCGAAAAGAGCAAUUGCAUCACACAAAGUCAGCCGACUAUACCGACUUGGAAAUUCAGAACGGCAAUAUCUUUAAUAUAGUGAAUAACAAUCAUGGUGCGAAGAAGUCGAAAAGCAAGAGCACGGACGACAUGAGGAUCGAGAACGCGCAGAACGGUGGAAUCAGUUUAGAUUCUAAUACUCUGAAGAGGAUGUUGAAACCAAUAUCGAGCAUCGAUAGUCCAGUCACAUCGCCGGAGAUGACCAGAAAAAGGCACAGCCAUCACAGUUAUCAUUACCAUCCGAGCAAUAACAACCAGAAAUACGUUAUGCAGGAGACUGAGAAUGAAAAUUAUGCUCAUCCAUAUCGGGCACCGUACAGUAACAAAUUCCAGGCUUCCAGAAGCGUGCAUGACAUGGGACAUCAAUAUACCGGCGGCAGAAGCAGGACGUAUUUAGAUUCGGAACGUAAUCGGUGCACAGGUGACAUGUCGCCGCCAUCGGAUAAUGUCAUCUUCGAUAACCAGUGUUACGCGACCACACCGAGCUCGUCGAAUGGUAACUCGGACAUGGAACAACCGAGUCAUUGUAAUUCGCGACGUUGCAACGGUGUUCAGACAUAUCAACAGCAAAGCAUGCAAUCUGUUUCGACUCCUGGCAGUCCGACCAGCAGACUACUACUCGAAUACGAGAUGCACUUGCGGAACACGUUAGAGAAGGGUAUGGACGCCGAGAGUUACAGCUUGCGCACCUUCGAGGCGCUCCUCACGCAAAGUAUGGAAAAUUUAGAAUUGGCGGAAAACAUACCACUGAACGUGCCGCGCACGCCUCACGUUUCGCGACGACGGCCUGGCUCCAACAACAAGUCCUCGACUUUACCGCUAUCCUAUCGUUAUUGCAACGAAAGGCAAAACAGCAAAGACAGAGACGGCUAUUACAGCGAUCGCAACGAGAUGGUACGAGAAAAAAGGGACAGAGACGUUGAUCGAGAUCGUGGAUAUCUGAGCGACUACAAUUCUAGAUGCGCCAGUUGCAUCGGAGAAUCCGCUCGCGCGCAGUGGUUUCGACAUUCCGAUGGAUGGCAAUCGGGAAGCUCGACUCUCGGAUCUGGUGCUUCUAGUUCGAUAAAUCCGAGUUAUUCGGGGCACAAACGAGAGUCUCCGUGGGACUCUCUUCCAUCGUUGAGGCACGAAGGCAGUUUAAACGACAGCGGAUACAAGUCAAACCGAGCCGAUUCUUUGGAACAAAGAGGUACUUUUGACAGACAGGACAGCGUGAGAUCCGACUACAUGUCCGACAGAGAGGGCAGAUACGGAAUCGUUCAACAAGCCUCUUUGGAGAGCACAGAUUCGAGGCUCUGUUACCUGACGUCCUCGGAGAUGUCCGACGAUGACAGAAUGUCUUUAACGACUGCCGUGAGUGACGACGACGACGGUGAAAGUGUGAUUAAUUCGCCAUAUCGAGGGAAACAGACUGGCACGGCUGCAGCUUCGUUCAAUUGUACCGGAGCAGUUCGGAAGGCUGGAUUCCUAAGCGUGAAAAAAUGGCUAUUGCGGAAGAAACAUCAAAUCGAGCUCGCGAGGAAAAGAGGAUGGAAAGACUAUUGGGUUUGUCUGAAGGGGACUACUCUUUUGUUCUAUCCGUGCGAGUCGCAGGAGAGUAGGGCCAUGGAAGCGGCGCCGAAACAUCUGAUUAUAGUGGAUGGCGCGAUCAUGCAGCCGAUCCCGGAACAUCCUAAGAGGGACUACAUAUUCUGCCUCAGUACCGCAUUCGGCGAUGCGUAUUUGUUCCAAGCACCGUGUCAGGUGGAGCUCGAGAACUGGGUAAACAGCAUCCACUCGGCUUGCGCUGCUGCGUUUGCCCGUCAUCGCGGCAAGACCGGUACCCUUCAUUUGUUGCAGGAAGAAAUCUUUCGAUUGGAGAAGGCGAUAGAAUCGGAUCAUAAAUUAAAGCAUAUGGCUGACCUUCAGCAGUCCGUCGUGUCCGAUGUCGAGACGAAACAACAGAUAAACAAUCAAAUCGUUCAGUGGGAAGAAAAUCUAGAGCGGCUCCAUUGCGAACAAUUUCGGCUGAGAUGUUACAUGGCUAGUCUACAAAGCGGCGAAUUACCGAAUCCAAAAAGCUUAUUGACGCACGUAUCGCGCGCUACGAAACAAACGCUAAACAAACUGGGCGUCUUCACGGUGUCGUCGUUUCACGCGUUCAUAUGCGCGCGAAGUCCCUCGUUACUGAACAACCUGCUGGCAGGACGCGGAGCUACGAAAAGAAGGCCGCCGUUGCUUUCGAGGUCCAAUAGCGUAUCCAGCAGGAGAUCUCUUCAAAUUUCCUCGAGAGACGACGAGAAAACUGUGAAAGUGUGCGUGCCGGAAAAUCAGCUGGUGUCUGUACUGUUACGCGACGCCAUGACAGUCGAGGAAUUCCUAGCAAGUGCUUGUAAUAGAAAGAAUCUGAACCCGAUGGAGCAUUUUGUCCGCGUUAAGAAGCGGCGCGACAUGGAAGACCACAAUUACUUUGUACCGCAUAGAACCGACUCGAUAGAAACUUAUUUGCAUACCCACGAAAUCGUUGAAGUGUGUGCGAAAAUCCUGUAUCAAGUCGAAUUACAAAGAAACACGCUUGAACAGAUGUGGGGUUUUUCGGUGGAAGCGGAGCUUAUCGAAAAUUCCGAUAGGCAGGACGAACUGUGUUGUUACGUUAGUAGAGUCGAAGAUAAGAGUGUGGCGAUGCAAAAUGGUAUCAUUAAAGGUGACGAAAUCAUGGUGAUCAAUGGCGCGAUUGUAAGCGAUCUAGACAUGAUGUAUUUAGAGAGCGUGUUACAAGAAGAAGUUGGUCUGUGUAUGAUGAUGAGGUCUUCUCGAACGGAACCACCGGAUCUUACGGGUAUAAUGCGGGUGACGGACGACAUAAUCGAGAGCUUGGUUUGUCCACCACCGCCUUCCGAUCCACCGGUCAUAAGCGAGGAAAUGAUCUCUGGCUUGAUCGUUCCAGCACCCGGAUGGAGUAAAGAAAGCAUCGCGCAAGAGUGCACGUCGACCGUUCACACCGAAAAUGGCAAGCAAACGUCGUCUCGCACAAAUUCCUUUGAAAUUGAAAAUCUGCUGAAAACAGCCGAACAAGUGACGGGGAUCUGCCGCUCGCCUGGCGAAACUAGAAAGUCUAGCCCUACCGGGAGCGUCGUUAGUUCUCAUUCGCAAGCUUUGACGCCGAGCCGCCAGCUAAGCGACGCUGAGAAACUGAAAAAGGUCAUCUUGGAAUUGAUCGAGACCGAGCGUACUUAUGUGAAGAAUUUAAACAAUUUGCUGGAGAACUACUUGGAACCCCUUAAGCGUGAAACUUUUCUAUCGAAUGCAGAGAUAAAUGCGUUGUUUGGAAACAUUCAGGAAAUUGUUACAUUUCAACGGCAGUUUCUGCAAAAUCUUGAUCACGCGAUCGAAAUGGAGGCUGAUUUCAAUAAUUUUGACCAUCCGAGUCAAUUUAAGGGUGUUCUGUUUUCCAUUGGAAGUGCCUUCUUAUAUUACGUGAAUCACUUCAAGCUGUACAGCUCGUUUUGCGCGAGCCAUUCGAAGGCGCAAAAAGUUCUCCAUCCAAACGAGGGAAACCAAGCUUUACAAGAGUUCUUGCAGGCAAGAAAUCCGAGACAACAACACUCGUCGACCUUGGAAUCUUAUCUUAUUAAGCCUAUACAAAGAAUACUGAAAUAUCCGUUGUUGUUGCAGCAACUUCGAAAUCUCACCGACGAACGAAGCGAAGAACAUCAACAUUUAAUAGAGGCGUUAAAAGGCAUGGAGAAAGUGGCAGAACAUAUAAACGAGAUGCAAAGAAUUCACGAAGAAUACGGGGCUAUCUUUGAUCAUUUAUUCAGACAACAUCAAAAAUCGUGCAAGCAGCCGAUCGAUUUGAGUCCAGGAGAUCUUUUGUAUUACGGAGGUGUCGAAUGGCUGAACAUUUCUGAUUUUCUUGGAAAGAUCAAGAAAGGUCUAGAGUUGCAUGCAAUGUGCUUCGUUUUCAAGUCCGCUGUCGUCUUCUUGUGCAAAGAAAGAUUAAGGCAAAAGAAGAAGCUUAUGGGUGUUUCGACGAAAGCGAAUUCCAGUGAAGUUGAAAUUAUUCGUUAUCAAGUAUUGAUACCCGUGACAGAAGUGCAAGUGCGAGCUAGUUCCGCCAAGGAUAUGGAAUCCCAUUUCUUGUGGGAGUUGAUCCAUUUGAGAAGUCAAUUACAGAGGAGGUCGGAAAAAGUAUAUGUACUCUCCAACAGCACGACCGAAUUUCGAAACGCCUUCCUGAGAACGAUUCGACAAAUUAUUCGAGAAUCGGUUCGAAACAUGAGUAUACCGUCGACGAAACAGAAUCUGAGCCAAUCACCGAUGACGAUCACGCCGCGAAUGUCGACCGGACACGUGGACAAGUUUGAGAAACAGUCGGCGAUCCAAGGGCAAAACGGAAACAGCAACAACAACAACGUCAGCAGUUGCAGCAGCAGCAGCAACAACAACAACAACAACAACAACAACAACAAUAACAACAAUAAUAACGGAACAGCACACCAGACGGUUGUCGCGCCCCUCGCGAAGAAACCGGUGAAGCCGCAGCCUUUGUCGACUACGCAUAACGUGAAACGAAAGUAUAGCCAGUCGAAACAAAUUAUGGAACACGAAAGUUCCGAGGACAGAGAAAUGGAGGAGUCCGGUUCGGUUAAUCAGCAGCAAACCAUCUUCCGAUUUCGAAGCAAAACCAUAAGCGACACGUCCGGAGAGGUAAAGGUCGAGAUGGAUUCAGGGACAAAGUCUGAGGGGGAGGAAGACUCGCAAGCUUUUUUAGGUGAGAAGAAGGCAAAUUUGGGCCGCACUCCGAAUCAUUUGACUUUGAGCACCACUUCAACCAUUUCAGCAGGAAGUACGGGCAGUCAAGCAAGAUUAAUCCAGUCCUCUCAUCAACCGGAAAAUUAUCAACCUAUUACCGUGAAAGAACUAGGUUCACCGAUCUGGAAACCACGGGAGUUACCAUCGUUAGGAGAGGCUACCACUUUACCGCGUAAGGGUAAGUCGGCCAGCGAGUUUGGGGAUAUGAGUUCAUCUCACAGCGCUUCCCGAAAGUCUCUCAUAGAAAUCAAUAAUUGUGCUCAACAAUCUAACUAUAAUAACCAUGUUUAAUUUAAGUAGUUGUUAACUGGCUAACAAAAUCAAUAGGAUUAAGUUUAAACAUCGUGAAAUAAACUGAUCAACUUAUUCGAUUAUCGUGAAAAAAUUAACACACGUGUGCCGUUCACGUGGAAAAACAUUCGGAAAUUUCUCUUGGCUUUCUCGUCUGAAUCCCCUGUUGCGUCUACGCGUACGCAUAUGUAUCGCGUCGCGUACAGUACCGACAUAUUCUAUUGUACAUCGUAUCACAUUUCUUUUCUCAACAUAUGUGUUUGUAAACAUGCAUACAUGCGUGCGGAAAUAUUAUAGAUGCACGAUCUACGGAUCGUUUAUCGGUUUCAACGAAAUGCUCGGGACAUGGUGUGCUCGGAAAGGAUUAAUGUACGCGUACUGACUAGGUUCAAUCGCACCUUUUCCGCUUUGUUCACGAAUCAAGUGUUUGCUCUGUUCAUUCCUUGGAGCGAAGUGUACGAGUGCGAUCGACCGUGUUAUUCGAACAUUCUUUGUUACAAGCUUCCGCCGCGCUGUCAACUACUCACUUGUCGCACUCUGAUUGCUUAUUACCUACUUGUUACUUACUAGCAAUGACCACGUCAAAUUAUUUCACUUGCGACGAAAGAAAACAACUAACGACUUGUCCUAAUAACAAUUCGCGAAACAAUAUGACGUUGUAUAAGUCGCGUUAAAUUUCCAUUUCGAGAUUCUAUUUUUCAUGUUCACUAGUUGUUGUUGCUGUUAUCGUUGUCGUUGUUGUUGUUGCUAUUGUUGUACCUACCAAUAUCCACCACACGUAUGUGCAUACAACCGAACUUGAUCUGAAAACACGCGGCGAAACUAACGAAAUAUGCACUCCUUUGUCCGAAUAAUUCGCAGUCGCCUCUAUACACAUUACGCGCAUGCGAUGCGUUCCAUUUUACGGAUUUUAUUCUUUUCUACUGAACGUUCCGCGUGGACGGCAUAGCACAGCUAUGGAGUGUUUAACUCUGUACCUAAUGAAACAAUGAUAUUAUUAGAACUGUCAUCUCUUCACCAUGAUCGUCUUC